AUGCAUAUUAUCACAAUCUUCGUUCAAACAGUUGCUGGACUCGCCACCCUGGCAUCUUGCGGGUCCACCAAAUUCCUUACACCCCCAGAAUCAGACUCAGAAUGGCCUGAAGAUCGCGGCACGGGAAAAAACGAACGCUACGAGCCUGGAGACGUGAUAGUGAUCACCUGGAAGACAGAUCUGGGAGAUGUUGAUCUCGAAAUAUAUCAACUUGCUGCAGAUGGGUUUGUUAAUUACAGGCCAAUGAGAACAUCACAUAAGGUUGAUUUAACGACCAGCAUCUGGGAUGCUGAGUACGAUUUGCUUGAUCUGGCACUGAAUAAUGAGGAUUCAGUGUACUGGUUCAUGUUGUCUAGCUCGGGUGAGGGACGUGUUGCUCAAUCGGUACAUAUAAAUGUCACCGCCCCACAAAAUGACGAGACAAUGUCUGUCAGCGUAUCGACAACCUUGACCUUUCGACAAGAAGAACCAUCAUCGACCACGGAGCAGGUUUUGGUUUUGGAGACGGAUACUGAGCCCACCACGACUGGUUCAUCCCCGAGUGAAGAGACAAGCUCUAGCGCAGAUCAUGGUUUAGACUCAGGACUAUCUCGAGGGGAGACCGCAGGUGUAACUGCAGGUGCAAUAAUUGGUGGCCUGUUGAUUCUCGGUGGUAUUGGAUGGUUUGCUUGGAGAAGAUUGGCAAUGAGGAAAAAGGAUGCUGAAGGUCUUCAGCAUCAGCAACAACAGUUUUGCUGUGCGGAAACGAAACAUGAGCUUCCCGGCAACCUGAAUACACAUCCUUCAGAUUAUGCAAGAAGCCUGCCAGGACUUUACGAAGCACCCUAA